UUUUAUGUCAUAACCAUAACCUUAAAUUAAAAACAAAACAAGAAUACCUAUAUGUUGACAAUGUUAAGUUUUCAGUAUUUUCUUUAAUAAUACUUAGUAGUUUAUGACUGUUACUUUAUUAAUAUAGUAUUGGAUACGCAAUCGAUUUUUUAUUACUGUCCAGCUAGAUUCCUUUGUAGAGGUCUUAAACAAAUUUAACCGAAAAAUAGGCUUCAGUGAUUGAUCUGUAAAAUUAGUAGGCAUUUGGUAAGUUGAAGUGUAAUAUAAUUGAAUUUAACCCUACUGACAAUGAGACGAAGAGCUGGUGUUGGUGCUAUUCACAAACAAAAACUAGAACAAGAAAAGUAUAAGGACAAAGGAACAGAAAUCCAAGAAAAUCAACUAGAACAAAUGUCAAAGCAACUGGAAGUGUUUCGAUCAAAUUUAGAAGAGUUUGCUGCAAAGCAUAAAAAUGAAAUAAAGAAAAAUGCAACUUUCAGACGUCAAUUUCAGGAAAUGUGUGCGUCAAUAGGAGUCGACCCAUUGGCCUCAGGUAAAGGGUUUUGGUCAGUGUUAGGGAUCGGUGACUUUUACUAUGAACUUGGCGUACAGAUUGUUGAAGUAUGCCUGGCAACAAAUGACAAGAAUGGAGGACUGAUAAGUUUGGAUGAAGUGAGACAAAGAUUGAUAAAAGCGAGAGGGAAAAGUCAGCAUCAUCAAGAAAUAACUAUUGAUGACCUGUUGUGUGCUGCUCGGAAGCUGAAGAUAUUUGGCAAUGGUUUCACAGUCGUUCCUGUAGGCAAAGGACAGUACUUGGUGCAGUCAGUGCCAGGUGAGCUCAGCAUGGAUCAUACUGCAGUACUACAACAGGCUGCCAGUCUAGGACAAGGCUAUGUGUCCGUGUCUCUACUGAAAGAGAAGCUCGGAUGGGAGACUGAGCGCGGCCGUAAAGCUCUCAAUCACAUGGUCAAGGAGGGUCUCGCCUGGAUAGACACUCAAGGACCGGAAACCUCCUACUACUUCCCUAGUUUAUUUGCUGCUUGUAUAUAUGCUGAGUCAUCUGAAAAUACUCAAUAAAAUAUUUAUUUU